CAUCGGACAGGGUGGUGUGCUACCCUCUCUCGCGAUUCCGUCGCUCCGUUGUGUGCGUGUGCGCAUACGUCAGCUCGCCACGCGAGAUACACCACGUUGUACAUCCCCGAACGUUGUGCUUUGAAUACGUUGACAGACAGGCGUGAAAACUCGAGAGUGUGUUCACACACAGAGGAUAGUUUAAAUUGCCGCGACCUCCAAAACGCGUCACGAUUUUAAAUCGUCGCGCUUUAAUCUCGCGACGGAAACCGAGACGGAAUAUAUCCGAGAUCGCCGCCGAUGCGUUUCUUAAUCAUAAAUUAUUCGUCGAAACGCAGAGAUCGAUUGACGUGCGACACGAUCCGUGUAAUCACGCGCCGCUUCGAGCUGUCACGCGAGACCGUCGCGCAUUUAAAUGGAGCAGCGUGGUGAAACUGUCGUCGCCGAGACUUGACGCAACUCUCGUCCUCGACAUUCUCCGCCGUGUGAAACGCUCGUGCGAAUGAAAAAUCCGAUAGAGAAGGAUCGUUUUCCAUUCGGGAGGAACAUCGCGGCGACGGAAAGGACGACGAAAGGCGAAAAGGGUCCACUUGACCCCCGCGAGAUCGUACGCGGCACGAACGCGCGCGUUCUCUUUCAAAAGACGAUCGCACGAACGCAUCAUCCGCGCGUCGACGUUUGCCAAUUGAGUGUACUUCGAUCGACGCUCAAAGGGAUAUAUUGGGCGGAGUUGGGUGCUCCAACCAAAACGAUGCCAGAACGCCUGUAAUUCGCGCCCGUGCAGAUGUCCUCUCGCGCGUAUGAGAGGGAUCCUUUUCAGCGGAUGUGCGGGAGAGAUAGAUCGUCUUCGACGUAAUCUGGCGUUGACGUGACCUAGCCUAACUUUUGCUCGGUGCCGAACUCCAUCUGGUCUUCCACCCCCUUCAUCCCUCGGGCUUAUCGUGUGUGAGAGAGAGAGGAGAGUGUGCGCGCGCGACCGUCCUUCCAAACUCCCGUCGGAUGGGGUGUAACUUGGUGCAUUAGCUGAGGGUACAUCGAAGCAUAUCGAAGAUGCAGUGAAAGAUUCAGCUCUCUUCGUGGAAGUUGUCACAUGUCCGGACAUCGACACGAGGUUAUAACCACCUUGCGACCAUCACGAUGCUAGGAACGUGCUUGAUGACCGAUGCGGUCAGGACAGGGGAUAGUUAGUGAUGAGGAGGAGCAAGUUAUCGGCGUGCCGACGGCCCAGGUCACCAGUAACAUGCCAGUUCUUGGUCCCAGCGCUGAUCCAACUCCACUUCGAGGACUUCUGAUCGCCAUCUUCGUCCUAUUGUCCCUGCCGCGUUGUCGCUGCACGGAUCUAGGACAAUGCACCACGGCUCUGGGCAUGGAGAGUGGAGAAAUCCCCGAUGAAGACAUCUCGGCGAGUUCUAUGUACGAUCCCAGCCUCGGACCGAAACAUGCCAGGCUACGACAAGACAAGGGUGGCGGCGCUUGGUGCCCGAGAAAUAUGGUAACCAAGGAAGGCAAGGAAUACCUAGAGGUGAAUCUGCACGCUCCGCGCUUACUGACGUCCACCAGGACGCAGGGCAGAUUCGGCAACGGUCACGGGGUCGAGUACACCGAGGAGUACUUUGUCGAGUAUUGGCGGCCGGGGUUCAACAAGUGGGUGCGAUGGAGGAAUCGACGUGGCAUAGAGCUUCUGGUGGGCAAUAACAAUCCAUAUUCGGAAGAGGAACAGAUCUUCGAUCCAGCUAUUGUCGCGACAAAGAUCCGUUUUAUCCCUUAUACCUCUCAUAUGCGUAUAGUAUGUAUGCGCGUAGAGCUUUAUGGCUGUCCAUGGACAGAGGGUCUCGUCUCGUAUUCCAUGCCCCAAGGAAUCAAGAGAGGCUCCGAGGUUGACCUUUCCGACAGGACGUACGAUGGCCGCGAAGAAGCCGGUUACCUCUCCGGGGGACUUGGUCAACUUGUCGACGGGCAAAAGGGUCCCGACAACUUCAGAUUGGACGUCAGCGGCAACGGAAAGGGAUAUGAAUGGGUCGGCUGGCGAAACGACACACCCAACAUGCUCGGACGUCCGGUGGAAAUAACUUUUGAGUUCGACUACUCGAGGAACUUCACUGCCAUACACCUACACAUGAACAAUUACUUCACGAAGGACGUGCAGGUUUUCUCAUACGCGAAGGUCUACCUCGGCACAGGUGGUAACCAGUUUACCGGCGAGCCUGUCCAUUUCUCUUACAUACCCGAUCAGGUGCUCGAGCAGGCGCGCGAAGUCACCAUAAAGCUGCAUUCGCGCGCCGGCCGCUUCCUAAAGUUGCAGCUCUACUUCGCCGCACGGUGGAUCAUGCUCAGCGAGGUAAUCUUCGAAUCAGUUAUCUCCGAAUGGAACAAUACCGAGGACGAGGAGGUGAAGAACAAGAGCGCCAUUGUACUGGCGACCGGCAGCCCCUAUCAAAAUAACGAGGGUCCACUGCAGAGAGACGAAGUGAAGGCUACUUUUAAUAAGGAGGAAAGUAAAGAUAACACCUAUAUAUCUUUAUCCGGAAAAUUAACCUCUCUUCUUUCUGAUAUUUUUAUUCGGAGGAAAGACGAAGAAAAGAAUUUAUCGCAGUUCAUCAGAAAAAUUCCAGAUAAAAGCAAGGAGCCAGAAUCGAGGCAGUUCGUCGGUUUAGUUAUCGGCAUCUUGACGACCGUAAUUGUGAUGCUGCUCGCGGCGAUCAUGUUCAUCUUCUAUAGGAACCGUAGGCUCAAGGCUGCUCUCGCGCCGUCAACCUUCUACGAUCAACAGGGUGAUCUCAAGGUCUCCGUGCCAGAGGAGGGUGAGGACAAGGGGCCAAUUUGCCCCCCACUUCCAGCGCAAUAUCAUCCAGCCACCUACAGCACAACAACGCCGCAGUUACACAAAACCACGGAUUACACCGGGAACAACGAGGUGCAGCCGGUUCUUCCGCUCUUGCUUAACUCGACGAUCAAUCUUGCCAGGCCAAUUCCGGCGGUCCAAGAAUAUCCAUCUAACCCGCCGCCCAUACCACCUCCGCCGGAAAAGUAUUAUGCCAGUACGGAGAUCUGUAAGAGUCCUCUACCACCACUGCCACCCUCGCCGACGCCCAGUACACCACCACCAAUGAGCGCAAAAGCUUCCAGCAGCAUAACUAGCUACAGUCCGGAGGAUAUGCUCACUGAGGAAGAGGAGGAAAUACCCGAGUGCGUCCUUGAUUUUCCACGGGAGAAGCUCAACAUCGUUGAAAAUCUUGGCUGCGGAUACUUUGGCGACGUUCACCUCUGCGAAGUUGACAGGUUUCCCGGAUAUGACGAGAUCUUCAGGAACACCACUAGCGAUCUAGUUAUUGUUAAAUCCUUAAAACCAGGCUCUUCUGAUGCUCUUAGGAUAGAAUUUCAACAGGAAGCAAAAAGAUUGGUACGACUCGCCGAUCGAAAUGUCGCGCGGCUACUCGGUGCCAGCCUCGAGGACGAUCCCAUGUGCAUUGUAUUGGAAAACGGCGAGUACGGGGAUUUGAAUCAAUACCUGCAGAGUCAUAUCGCUGAAACUUCGAAUUUACAUACGGCCAAGACGCUCAGUUUCGGCACAUUGGUUUACAUGGCCACGCAAAUAGCAUCCGGUAUGAAGUAUCUCGAGGAAAUGGACUUCGUGCAUCGUGAUCUCGCCACAAGGAAUUGUAUAGUGUGCCGCGGAUGUACCGUUAAAGUAUCUGAUUUGGGCAGUGGACGAAGCGCAUAUGCGGCGGAUUACUUCCGUGUCGAAGGACGUCCUCCAUUACCGAUUCGAUGGAUGCCAUGGGAAUCAAUGCUAAUGGGAAGGCACACAUGCAAGGGCGACGUUUGGGCGUUCGCCGUCACGCUGUGGGAAAUUCUGACGUUCGCACGGGAACAGCCUUUCGAAGAGUUUCCAGAUCAUCGGAUAGUGGAGAACGCAACUUACUUUUAUCAGGAGGAUGAGCGGAAGAUGAUUCUGCCGCUGCCAAAGAAUUGUCCUAAGGAGAUCUACGACCUGAUGCGCGAGUGUUGGCAAAGGAACGACGUUGACCGACCAAACUUCCGCGAGAUCCACUUGUUCCUGCAACGAAAAAAUCUCGGUUACAAGCCCGGUGAGUCGAACGAUACUUGAUAUAGAGAACUAGAAGGCUGGAAUCUUAUCCGGCUUUCUAUGAUUGGCGAGUUAAACGGCAAUUGGUGGAACUGCCCUUCAUCGACCAAGUCAGACCAAGUCAGACCAAGUUAGUAUCUAGGGUGAUGAUCUAUAAAUCGUCUGUAAUGAACAUGAAUCAUUUGCAACAGCAUGGUCGAGUGUCGAUGAUAAUUAUAUUGUACGAUGACGCAUGUAAAAGACGUAGGGAUCGACUAAGAACAAGCUAAUCGCGCUCAGAAUUUCUCACGGUUCACGACAUUAACACCAUUUUCUUUGUUAUCGUCAUCAUACAUCGCUGUAAAUAGCGCUGUGAAUGUCAUCGAUAGCUGAAUCGCACAAAUCACCGCCUGUAGCGUCCGUGUUCAAACUACGAAAACGUAGCCUGUACAAAGUUCACUUUUUUAAUCAUUUCUUUAUCCCAAUCAAAGCUGCAGACUGUUAUCGGAUGAACUGACAUCUGUCUCACCAAGAUCCAUCGUAACGAAACGUUUGACAAUAGCAAUAGAAUAUUAAUUUGUUUAUGAGUUCAUAUUAUUUUUCAAUUUGCAGAGUUUAUUAUUAAUUUUACAUGUAUCGUCGUCGUUGAAAAUUCGAUUUUACAUACUUAGAUUAGAUAUUCGAGUUUCCGACUUGUUCUCGCGCAACUUCUUUACGUUUUCCUUCUUCUGUCGUUAUUCUUGUAUCAGUCGUCUACAAAAGUUGCCCAUUGACCAAAACGGGGAUAACCAGCCUCGCGAUAAUGAUACCAAACAUCCAUGGCGUAUCCACGUUCGUGCAAUCGAAAUGGAUAGAUUAUGAUUUUGAUCCGUGGCAUUCAAUACGAAAUGGAACGUCACUAGUGCUGGCAAUACGCGGGGAGCACGUUCGAUAAAUCGCACAUACGCUGUUCCGAAAUUGAUACUGUCAGCAAACAAGCUUAUGAUAUUCCCGCCGUAACGGCACUCAUGUCACGUUCGGGAUAUACGUGGAUCGGACUCGAAAAUCGCGCGUUGUACGUAACAUUUCCGCCGACGAAUAACGUAGUCGUUUCUAAACUCCAACCC